GUCUGUACAGCAGCAGUCGCGCCUACUCGCGCUAGCUUCCAUGGCGACCAACUAGAAGAGCAUUUUCUCAUGUCGACCAGCCGGUUAGCUCCCAUAAGCGAGCUAACAGGCGUAUUAUGAAACGGGAUGAUGUAGCGGAAUAACUAUUCGGACGAGCCACGCAGUACCUUAGCAUGCUAAGCUAACGUGGAGCCAUACACAUUUGCCUGGAGAAACUGGCCAGCAACUAGACUGAGCUAACGACUGUAGGCUAACGCAGGCUAGCAUUCACCUGCAGAGUGUUCUUGCUAACUAACUGAAGCCGCCGUUGCUAGCCAACAUGAUGGAAAGUGUGAAGGAAAACGAGUCUGGAGCCCUUUCAUCUUCACCAACACCACAGGGGAUACUUGAUUCUGGCAGUGACUGUAAUUCCGGGAAGACAAGUGGAUUAACGCCGCUAUCAGCGGGAAAGAGACCCUCCAUCGGGGAGGACGACGGUGGGGGCGCAGAGGCUAAACUCUUCGGGAAGGGACUUGCAGCCACCUCCCUUCUUCAGAUUGCGAUAAGGAACGGCAUCUAUCAGAGCCAAGUUGCCAACGCUAUCAGCGGUGCCGCCAAAAAUAUAAACAUGCCCGCCGUGAAAACAGCCAACAUUUAUGGUCUUGCAUCAGUCAACAGCACCACUUCUGUCAACUCUUUGCUGAGCAGGAGACGGCAGAGACACAAGAGGAAUCUGUCGCUUGGGGCUCCGCCGACCAGCAGCUCGCCCGGCCUGUCCUCUGCCGAGGCGGCCAGUCCCGCUCCCUCAGUCUCGCCGCUGAGCACCCUCAGUCUGGAUAGAAGGACUUUUCUUCGGCAGAAGCAGUCAAAGCAGCUUCAGGCCUCGGAUAAGACAUGGGUGAGGUCGGACCUCCGGCGCGGCUGCAUUCACGUCCACGACUGGCUCACGCCCUCCUACCCGCGGCCGGUGCUGUGCACCGUUGACACCACUGCGAGGGAGGUAGCCAGCAAGCUGGAAGGGAGCAAAGCUGGGGCUGUGCUGAGAAUGAACUUAAAAAACACUGCUUUAGUUGACUUGAAUGAUAAUAGUAAAGAUAGUAAUGGACAUACUGAUGUAAUUGAAAGUGUUAGUGACAGUGUAGACGCCAAAACCUCCAAAGUAGAGGAGAAUGAACACACAAAGCAGCUUUAUCCUGACGCUAAACUGUCUUCCAACUUACUGGAUGAUAAACCCGGAAGUAACUCUUCAUCUGAGGUUUAUCUGAAUGACAUUGGGAUGGAUCUGAGCCUGAGCAUGGCAGACUGUUGUGGAGUCUACUCUGGUUCAGAUAUGGAGAGCAGCACCUGUGAGGAUUUCAGCCCAGGUGGACCCAGAAGCACAGAACACCGGGACUCUCUCAGUGAUGGCCUGGGAUUGGGCACAGACUCCUCAGUGUUGAGCCCUAACUGUGACAGCGCCACAGAGGGACCUGACCCGUUUGAGAGCUCCUCAGAUGAAGUAGACCUCACCUCUUCUCCAACACAUUCAAUAGGCAACUCUACUGCAGACCAGCAAGCGGACCUGCCCGCCACAGACUCCUGCAGCGCCCCCAGCCAAGUGACAGCCACACCAGACGACCCUGAAGCUGGAACUGGUGACAACACAGUUGCCCCCAAAUUAAUCAAACCUUCCUCUAACUGCACCAGCAGCUCUCAGACUCGGCCUCUGACCAGCCAAGCAUCUGUCCAGCCUGACCCGGAGAUCCCUGGGGGGAGCAGAGGAUGGCCGGAGCCCACCAAUGUUAGUCCGACCCCGGCUCUCUUCAUCCAGCUGCACGGUGGAGCUGUGCGGCGGCUGGGAGAUGAUGAGAGGCCCCUGCAGAUAAUAAAUGAGUACCUCACUAAUUUGGGGUUUGAAGACCCAUGGAGGGUGCAGGGGGAGGGGAUGAAUCCAGAAAUUGGCUGCCUGUUACGCUUCUACUUUGGUAAGCCUCGAAGUGUUGGUGGUUCUGAGCGCGUGCAGCUUUCGGGGGUGUUCAACGUGCGGAAAGGGAAGCUGGCGCUGCCGGUGAACCGCUGGUCGAAGCGCCAGGUCACACUGAGUGGAACCUGCCUCAUCGUCUCAUCUGUGAAACACGCCCACACCGGCAAGAUGCACAUCCUCCCUCUCAUCGGAGGAAAGGUGGAGGAAGUGAGGAGACACAGCCACUGUCUGGCUUUCAGCUCAGCGGGCCCUCAGAGUCAGACUUACUAUAUCAGCUACGACUCCUACACAGAGCACCUCCGCUGGCACAGGACAGCCUCAAAGAUUGCGUCCCAGAGAGUGAACUCAGUCGACCUGUCGUGCUGCAGCCUGGAGGAGCUGCCUGCUCAGCUCUUUUACAGCCACGACCUCACACACCUCAAUCUCAAAAACAACUUCAUUUCGCUGCAUAAAGGGGUUCCAGCACUCACCAGGUUUUGUAAACUGAGAAGCCUCAGUCUGUCAAAUAACGCUCUGUCAGAGUUUCCUCUGGCCUUGUGUGACAUCUCCUCGCUUACUGAGCUAAACUUGUCUGGAAAUCGUCUCUCCUCUCUGCCUGCAGAUGUAGGAACCAUGCACAACCUGCAGACUCUUCUCCUGGAUGGUAACUUUCUGAGUUUUCUGCCUGUGGAGCUGGGCUCUCUGGAGGGCCUGACCUACCUCGGCUUGUCCUUCAACUGUUUCAGUUGCGUCCCCCCCGUCCUGGAGAAGCUCAGAGGCAUGGAGAGACUCUGUCUGGCAGGGAACCAGCUCUCUGUCCUGGAUAUAGCUGGGCUGCAGUGGUUGCCUGCUCGCCACAUAGACCUCAGGCUGAACCAGCUUCAAAAGGUGACCGUGGGAGACUCGGAGCAGCUGGUUCACAUCGUCCAGCUGGACCUGAGGGACACUGGUUUACAGGAGCUGGAUGUCCGGCCUCUCUGUAGACUGGAGCUACUUCGCUGUGACAGAAACACUCUCUCCCUCCUCAGAGUCGAUGGCCACGCCCUCAAGAGCCUGCACGCUGCACACAAUGAGCUGAAGCUACUGGAGGUGCAGCCGGUGCCAGAGAAUCUGACUGUUCUAGAUUUGUCCUGGAACAAGCUGGGAUGUGUCCCUGAGUGGGUGUGUGAGAGCAGCAAACUCGAGGUGUUGGACAUCAACCACAAUUGUGUUGCAGAGCUGCCUGUACGGCUGAUGUCAAGUGGGAGCCUGAGAAAACUGCUGGCAGGCUGGAACGAAGUGUGUCGGCUGGCUGAGAGGCUGGAGAGAUCACAGCUAGAGGUCCUGGACCUCCAACACAACCAUCUGACUGAGCUCCCGAACAACCUGUUCAUUAAAGCACAGAGCUUGCGAUACCUAAAUGUGUCAGCCAAUAAGCUGGAGAGCCUCCCUGCAGCCAGCCUAUCAGAGGAAAGCUUCAGCAGCCUGGAGGAGCUCUAUGUGACCAACAACAGCCUGACAGACAAGUGUGUCCCUCUGCUGACUGGACACGGACACCUCAGGGUGCUUCACCUUGCCUACAACCAGCUACAGACCUUCACUGCCAGUAAACUGGCUCGACUGGAGCAGCUGGAGGAGCUGGACCUAAGCGGCAACAAACUGAGGGCUGUGCCCACCACCAUCCUCAGCUGCCAGCGUAUGCACACACUCUCUGCCCACUCCAACUGCAUCAAUGCAUUCCCAGAGGUUCUCCAGCUGCCAGAGAUCAAGUGUGUCGACUUGAGCUGCAACGAGCUGACUGAGGUGACCCUGCCAGAGGCGCUUCCUCCGAAGCUUCAGGAGCUGGACCUCACAGGCAACCCUCGCCUCAACCUGGACCACAAGAGCCUGGAGCUGCUCAAUAAUAUCAGAUGUUUCAGGGUCGAUCCAUCACCUUCAGCUCCGUGUGUGAAUGAGAGACACGGGGCCCCUGCAGUCUGGAGCCACGGCUACACAGAGGCCUCUGGAGUCAAGAACAAGCUGUGUGUGGCUGCUCUGGCCCUCGACAGCUUCUGCGGGAUUCGCGAAGCCUUGUAUGGGGUUUUUGACGGAGACAGGAACGUCGAGGUGCCUUACCUGCUGCAGUGCACCAUGGGAGACGUGCUGGCAGAGGAGCUUCACAGGGGCCAGAGGCAGGAAGAUUACAUGACCAACACUUUCCUCACCAUGCAAAGGAAACUGGGCACAGCGGGCCAGAGGAUGGGCGGCUCAGCAGCGUUAUGUCACAUCAGACACGACCCGGUGGCUCCCGGCGAGCACGGCGGCUGCUUCACCCUGAAGGCUGCCAACGUGGGCAGGUGCCAGGCCGUUCUGUGCCGCGACGGCAAAGCUAUGCAACUCUCCACCACACACACCGUCAAAGAGGAACCGGAGUACCAGAGGGUCCGGCAGCAUAACGCCAUCAUCACCGAGGAUAACAAAGUCAGUGGUGUAACUGACUGCACCAGGAUUCUGGGUUACUCCUUCCUGUGCCCGUCUGUGACCCCCAGGCCCCACAUCUCCACAGUGACCCUCACCCCGCAGGAUGAGUUCUUUCUCCUGGGCAGCCGCGGCUUGUGGGACUUGUUGUCCCCCAGCGAGGCGGUGGAGGCGGUCAGGAACGUACCGGACGCUCUGGCUGCUGCUAAGAAGCUGGUGACUCUGGCUCAGAGCUACGGCUGUUCCGACAGCCUCAGCGCUGUUGUCGUCCAGCUCAGCAUCACAGAAGACUGCUGCUGUUUCUGUGAGCCGCCGCCUCCGCCCCCCAGCCCCGGCCUAGGCGCACACACCAGCACACACCCCUACUCAGCAAGUGGUGAUGCCGGCGUUCCGCUGCCGCCGGCCUCCUCAGGGACAGUGAGCGAGCUGAGCAGCGAGUUCAGCACGUCUGAGAUGAGCAGCGAAGUGGGAUCCACGGUGUCCUCAGAGGAGCCGCCACCUCAGAACGAGCCCCUGACGUCCCACUUGAACCUGCCAGGACGAGCCGGCAUGCGGAGACCUGCCUGUGGAGGCGGGAGCUUCCAGAGACAGUUCUCCGGAGCUCUGUCUGACCAUGGGGUCGACAGUGAGGACGAGGAGCCCAUCGCUGGCGUAUUCUCUAACGGCAGCCGUGUAGAGGUGGAGGCUGACGUCCACUGUCUCCACCGCCAUGACUGCCCAGUACCUCAAACACAUGGCCACGCAAGCACAAACAUCUCUCCUGCUGUCCCCUCACAUCACGAGCCUUCACACCUUCCAUACUCCUCUCCGUCUCCGUCUCCGUCCCCUGUCCCUCCUUCCUCCCCCUGCCUCAGCAGGGAGACCCCACCAGGGACUCUGGGCCGCAGGGCCCGAGCUAACGGCUCUGUGGCCUGCCAAGGGAGGAACCAGGACCUCAUAGAGGAGGCGGCCGACGCCCCUGUCAGGAAGCAGGGGGGCUACUUCAACGCUCCUGCUCAGCCGGACCCUGACGACCAGCUCAUCAUCCCGCCAGAGCUGGAGGAGGAAGUCCGGCAGAUCAUCCAGCAGCAGCAGCAGGAGCAAAUUCAAAAACACAGCCAGCAAGCACACAGUUACCAGAAACCUGCAGACUAUUUUGUCACACCCCUCUAACUUCUGCGCCCCCAACCCGCAACAGCUGGUGUCAACUUCUCAUCCAGGAUUUCAGUUUCAGGGAUGGAGAACUGCAGAAUCAGGACUGCCGGUAUUGAUGCUCUGCGCUGCAUGAAGUUGUACCGCUCCCAAAAUCCUCUGAGUAUUCUAAAGAUGCUUAAGGACCACAGACUGUUUUUUGGUAUGCUUUUUGUUACUUACUUUAUUUUCUACUGUUAACUCUAUGCCCCACGAAACGCAAUGCAAUUUUAUAACACUUUGUUGAUUAAAUCUUCACAUGUAAUUGAUUUUUACCAUAUCUUUAAUUUGAAGAAGCACUUUGAAUGCUUUUUAUUAGACUUUUGAGAUUAAUUCUAUGUUAAGUGGUACUUUGAGAUAUGGACCAUUCAGUUUUUGUGUUGUAGCAGACAUUUCCCCUGUUUGCAGCUCAUGGACUUACAGUUGUCAGAGUUAGUUGUAGGAGUUAGUAAAACUGUUAAACUAACUCCUAGGAGUUUAACUUACUUUAAAGUGACCUAGUCACUGAAGCAUACUAAUAUUCUCUGAGAGAAAAGAUGAUUAUUUCAAAAGGCUGAUACUCCAGGUUUGUGUUCUCGGGGGUGUGCAGAGUUCAGAGUGGUGCUGCAGUGGUGAGUAAAUGCUGAACGGGGGAUCUUACAGUUGUUACCAGCUCAAUGAAUGUUCUCAGAACAGUGUUACAGACUUCUUGACAACAGCAAAUUGCACAAGAGAGCUACUUUUGCUAUGUAAUAAAUGAAAGUUUUCAGAUAACCACAUCACGUCCAUUUUGACUUCUUUAUGAGGAUGCUUACACUCUGUGAAGCCACUUCAAAGCAGUGUUCACUAGUCACAGAAAUGACCAGAAAGAAACUUUUCUCACAAUAACUGUCUUGGUAUUGAGCCAUGCUUUGCUUCUGAAUUCAGUACAGUGAAGCUCAGUGGGAUUUGGUUUGUAGAGCUAAAGACACUGAAACACUACAUUUGAAAAACAGCAACAUGACUUCCUUAAAACAGUGCAGGAUAAUCCCAACACUCGGCUGACCUGGCCUGAUUUU